GAGGUCCAAAGUGUUCCACCUACUAUUAUUGAAGCGACUCCCACAAGACCUCAACCACAAGCCUCAAGUUCCCAACAAGUUCUCCCCACCCAAUCCCAACCCGUCCAUCCACUCCAAACAGUUCUACACCAAAGCAGUGGGAUGAACUUAUCAUCUAUCCAAGACCCAAGUUCGAUAGAAUACCAAAGGAUAAGGAAAGCUAAGACGACCUUGACGGCUAUUCGAUUACAAUCAGGUGAAGAAGAAGCUAAGGAAGUUUAUGCUGGCUUUCAGUUGAUGGUCGUUUAUGAAUUGAUCGGGAUCCUUUCUACUGAGCUUUGGAGUGGGGUUUAUUCAAAGUAUUUGGAUGAUACCCAGAGGGAUGGUAGGGUUGGUUUGGCUAGUGGGAGUGGGAGUGGGAAUGCGGAUGCGAAUGCGGAUUUGAUGGUUACUGAUGCUACUGGGAACGGGAUUGGGAAUGGAAAUUCAAGUGGGAAUUUAAAUUCAAAUCAAAAUAAUCCUUAAUCUCAUUCUUUUUGAAAUCCGAAAAAGUUCAAAAAUCAUGCAAAUUUCUUGAAAUUCUUCUUGAUUUGGAUUGGUUUGGUUUGAUUGAUUUUUUAAAAAGAUUUCUCUUCGUUGUAAUGUUGUUGUUUUUUCUUUCUGAUUCAGUUUUUUGAUAUAUUUACUUGUGAAAAAUGUGUGUAUGUUUUUUUUGAAAGAUGAACUUGUUUGAAUGAAAGAAAAGAGAAAAAGAGAAAAAGAGAAAAAGAGAAAAAAAAUGUAUGACAUGUGUAUGAAAAUUGGAUGAACUAUUUUGGAUUUUAAACGAUUUUUUUCAACUUUUUGAUGUUUUUAUUACUUUUAUUUAUUUUGUGAUAUAUGAUUACUGAGUAAUGAUUUAUGAUUUAUGAUUUAUGAUGUACUUGAAUAAAUCCAAGUUGGUUAAUGAAA